GUGUGAGAGAGAAAGAGAGAGAGACUCACAUGUGACAGUUCUUCACUCGUAGAUAGGUAAGACACUUGGCACGCUGAUGGACCUGCUUUGUUAGACCUGCUGGCACUUUAAGGGACUUACUUCCUACAGACCAGGAGAGCAGGACGCAUUUCCAGUUACCCAGAGAAUGAAGGUGCUGGGAUGCGCGUUGCUUUUCCCUCUCCAGAUCUUCUUAUGCUCACUGAGGGCGAUCGUGCGCUUGUUUACGCGGCAGAAGCGCAGAGAUCUGGGCACUGAUGUGGUCCUCAUCACCGGAGGAGGAAGAGGAAUCGGCCGUCACCUGGCUAUAGAGUUCGCCAAGCAAGGAGCAAGAAAGGUGGUUUUGUGGGGCCGCACAGAGAAAUGUUUAAAAGAGACAUGUGAGGAGAUCUGUGUGACCGGAACAGAGUGCCAUUACUUUGUGUGCGACGUGGGCAACAGAGAGGAGGUGUACCAGCAAGCCAAAGUGCUCAGGGAAAAGGUCGGGGAUGUCACCAUUCUUGUCAAUAAUGCAGCUGUUGUCCAUGGAAAAAGUCUGAUGGACAGCGAUGACGACGCACUUCUGAAAACCCAGCACAUAAACACAUUUGGACAGUUCUGGACCACGAAAGCAUUUCUGCCUCGCAUGCUGGAGCUCUGCAAUGGCCACGUGGUAUGCAUCAACUCCAUUCUCUCCCUCUCCUCCAUCCCUGGAGCCAUCGACUACUGUACGUCCAAGGCCUCGUCUUAUGCCUUCAUGGAAAGCCUGACGCUAGGCCUGCUAGACUGUCCAGGAGUGGGCUGCACCACGGUGCUUCCCUUCCAUACAGACACAGAGAUGUUCCAGGGCAUGAAAGUUAGGUUCCCUAAGCUGUUUCCUCCUCUGAAUCCUGAGAUGGUGGCCGAACGCACUGUGGAAGCUGUAAGGACCAACACUGCUUUCGUUGUCCUGCCAUGGACCAUGCACUUUCUUGUCAUUCUUAAGAGCCUUUUGCCCCAGUCUGCCCUGGAAGAGAUCCAUAAGUUUUCAGGAAGCUACACCUGCAUGAACACAUUCAAAGGCCGGACUUAAUCUCAGAAACAGCUUGACUUUGAAAAAUCCUCAAAACCAAUUUUUCAUGCAAAGCAAGCACUGCAUCCAGGAACAUCAAUCUGUUGCUUUGUGGACCAAAAAAAAAAAAAGACUGAAAGGGUCAGUGGGAACAGCGUGUUAAGAUGGCUUGUUUUCCCAGGAAGGGGUUUUACGUGGUUGCCCUAUACUGGACUGCACACAGGCAUGGCCUGUUCCUUUGAUAUCGUGAUAGCAAGGAGCACAGACUGUUAGAGUUAACAAAGAAAUGGUUCUUAGAACGCUCUGAGGUUUUAAUCAGGGCAUGUUUGCUCUUGUAAGGUGUGACUUGGGAUUUUUAUAGAUUUUUACUGAUUUUUUCACAAAAACAAAAGUUAAAGUCUUCAACCACAUACGGCAAAUGCAUAUAUAUUUUUUCAAAUAUUUAUAUUUUUAUAGUUGCUGAUAUAGAUUGUAAAAUAUAUUGACAUAAACAUAAAAUUUUUGUUAUUUUCUCAAUUAUCCCAUUUUUAAGACCAUUUUUUUUAUAUAUUUCAAUUUAAAUGUAUUAAUACUGUCCAAAAUUUACUCAAAAUUUAUUUUAAGAGUGGAAGUGUAUGUUCUUUCUCCUUAAAUUAUAUUUUAUAAUAUAUUUAGAUUUAAACUAAAUGCAUUUUGAAUUUGAAAAUCAUUACGGUUUACCACAUAUAUUUGAAAAAUAUUUUGGCCACAAAAAAAUGUAUAUUUUUUGCCAUAUGGGACUUUUUAAAAGUAAUUCCAGCAUGUCUAUCUUCAUAUUACUGUCAACUUCAAGUAAAUAGUAUUUGAUCUUAAAAAGAAACCCUGGUGAGUGUUAUUUUGUGGGUGUUCAUGUUGGUUUGAAAACAGGGAAGUGUUGGUCCCUGGCAGUGUGCUUGUUCUGUCUCUGCCAAAACUCAGGCAUUUCAUGGUCAGCAUUCCACCGCUGCAGGCCAGCCAAUCGUGAGCUCAUUGUACACUAGGCAGGGUUGUCAUAACACUAACUCUGCUUAACAGGAAAGCACACUGGAGAGGGGUCAGCCACUGGACGGCUAAUAGACGAAUCUAAAACUUUUCAUUUUAUUCAGCUUUGUCAAUCCCACCAGAUGAACGGCUGAUGUUCAGUGUCGAUACAGCUGCAUCCCACCAAACAAAUGGGUAGGUAAUACAGUGCCUGUUGACAACUUUCUACUACACUUCAAUUUGCCAAAUUGGAUGCAAGAUCUAAGACUGUGUAACCUCAUAAAAUCAAAUCUACAGGCAGAUGUUUCAACGUCUCUCCCUCAAAUUCUUUCCAUGCGGUGCAUCCUUGCUGCAGUAUUAGAAGACUUAUCAAAGUACACCGGGGACUGAAACUGACAUACAACAGGCACGAAGCAGCUAUUGCAAUUGUGUGAUUACCAAUUCACAUCACAUUCUUCAUUCUACACUUAACUGUUAUUUUGUGGCUGAGAGGAAAAGUUACUUUCUGGUAAACUAUAUGAAAUAAAUAAUGUACGCUGUGGGGGCUGGGGGAAUAAUCACCAGAAAAGCUGUAUAACACAAAUGCCAAAAAGUGAAGAAUGAGUCUUGGCAUGUCUAACGGUAAUGAUGGACACUGUUGAGAGUGGGAUCAGGACAUGAAACUGUGUCAUGGAGUGCAUAUGUGUUGGAGAAGUCAGCUCAAAUCUCAGCGGGUGAGUUCAGAGCAAGGUUAGCCAAAUAGUAGAUAAAUCUGAGUAAGUUGUUGGACAGACCGCUCACCCUGUGAUGAACCCUUUGCCCAGGAAAAAGAACUGCUUAAUGUGCCCCAGCACAGGUGAAAAAAAAAAAAAAAAUCUCAUCCCUAUUACAACAGAUAACUUCAGUCAUGUUGAACAUAUGCCGUUAGUUUCACAGGUUCGUGUGGAAGAUCAUAUUUGAUCCAGAUUUGUCAGACUGGUCUGUGUUACCGCAUAUUGUACUUGUUUAUUUAAAACCCAUGUGUUUCUUAUGACAGCAUAUCAUUAAGCAAAGCACGCUUAAGUCUGAUAAGUGCACAAAUGCUAAAUUUUUAACACUAGAAUUGUUUUCGUUAGGUUUCGGCAGCGCAGGGUUGUGUGGUCACUGCACAUCCAUCUUUAACUAAUGAGUGUGUCGCCCUGAAGAGAGACCCUUGAUCUGACGUCAGUCAAGAAGAAGAAUUUAGACAAGUACUGCGUUCGACAUCACAUUCAUCGGCGAGUAGUAUAGCCUGUAUGAAUUCAUAGUAUUCAAAAAAACACUAGGUAAAAAGUACCCAGGUGACCUGCCUGCUUUCUGAAGUGGACAUACAAUGGACACUUUACUAUCCCAUGAGACCACAGGAGAGGAUAUAUGAAUAUAAGCACAGACGAAAGAAUACUCCAUGCAUGUGACUGUAACAACAUGGCUGAUGUAGUAGGCCUAUGUCCAAAUAUCAGAUGUUUUUCCCCAACAGUUCCCCAAACGUUCACUUAAGACAUAACAGAGCACUGGGAUCGCUAGAUGAGGGUUUAAUGAACUCAUUUAUGAAAAUCUCA